AUGGCAUCUGAAAGCUGCGAGAAAGUGAAGGUUGCUGUUCGAGUACGUCCAUUUAGUAAACGAGAAUUGGAUCUGAAUACGAAAGGUGUUGUACGAAUGUGCGAUGGCCAGACGAUACUGGAUCACAUUUCCGAUGAUAAACAGCCGAAGACGUUUGCUUUUGACCAUUCAUUCUGUUCUACAGACGUAAAUGAUUCGAAUUUUGCAAGUCAAGAAACGGUAUUUAACAGCCUUGGAUCAGGUGUUAUUGAAAAUGCAUUUUCUGGCUACAACGCCUGUAUUUUCGCAUAUGGUCAAACAGGUUCGGGCAAGUCAUAUUCUAUGAUGGGUACUUCUCAGCAACCUGGAAUCAUACCGCGUUUGUGCAAUGAGGUGUUUAGAAGGAUCAAGGAGACUACAUGUGAUAUCCUCGAGUAUAAAGUGGAAGUCUCUUAUAUGGAGAUAUACAACGAACGUGUUCGUGACCUUCUUGAUCCGAAAAAGUCCAAUAAACACCAUUUGAAAGUGAGAGAGCAUAAGAUUCUUGGUCCACUCGUCGAUGGAUUGUCUGUGUUGGCUGUGAAUUCCUUUGAGCAAAUUGCAUCUCUGAUCGAAGAAGGAAACAAGUCAAGAACGGUUGCCGCAACCAAUAUGAACGCCGAAAGUUCACGUUCUCAUGCUGUAUUCAACAUCACACUCACACAGAUCUUGAAAGAUGUCAAAAAAGAUUUUACUGGAGAAAAAGUUGCGAAGAUUUCCUUGGUUGAUUUGGCUGGUAGUGAACGAGUUGGCAAGACCAGAGCAAUGGGUAAACGUCUCGAAGAAGGUGGUAACAUCAACAAGUCACUUACUACACUCGGUAUGGUUAUUUCCGCUCUUGCUGAACGCUCGAAUGGAAAGAAGGAGAAAUUCAUACCGUACCGAGACUCAGUACUCACUUGGCUGCUGAAAGACAGUUUGGGUGGUAAUUCUCGCACGGUAAUGAUUGCGACGAUAUCGCCAGCAGCUGAUAACUACGAGGAGACGUUGUCCACGUUACGUUACGCCGAUCGUGCGAAGCGAAUAGUCAAUCAUGCCAUCGUGAACGAGGAUCCGAACGCACGCGUAAUUCGUGAACUACGAGAAGAGGUCGAGACGUUACGUAUGCAGAUCAGCCAAACGUUGAAGGAACACACGGAAACUGUUGAGCUACGUGAACGACUUGCCGAAAGCGAACGAUUGGUAGCUCAAAUGAACAAGUCGUGGGAAGAACGUCUCAAGGAAACAGAUAGUGUAAAUAAAGAGCGUCAACGAGACUUGGCCGAAAUUGGUAUUUCCGUUGAAUCAAGUGGCAUAAAAGUUGAAAAAGAUCGCUUCUAUUUAGUUAAUCUUAACGCAGAUCCAUCGCUUAAUGAACUACUGGUCUACUACAUUAAUUCAUCAGCCGUAAUAGGAAAUCUCGAUGAAAUAGAGAGUAGUCUCGAUUCUGGUCUUGGAAACUCCGAUGAGGAUCUUGCUAAAAAAGACGCAGUAUGUGAACGCACAAGUAUCGUACUACGUGGUUUGGGUGUAAUGCGACGUCAUGCCCGGCUGAGUGUUGUUGAGGACGGAGUUAAGUCGAGGCUGUAUAUUGAACCGUUGUCCAGUGAUGGCAGGUUAUGUGUUAACGGAAGGGAAAUCAAAGAAAAAACCCUGCUGAGACAUGGGAAUCGUUUACUGAUUGGUAUGAACCACUUCUUCCGAGUGAACUGUCCGAAGGAUGUCGACUUGAAUCAAUCGGUUAUGGACGAAAGCGUUCUGUUCGACUACAAUGAUGCUUGGCAUGAGGAAGACAAACAAGCAGCACUCGAACGUCAAUAUGAAGCUUUCGAACGUUAUAUACAAAAUUUAACAUCUGGCGGUUUCACACCCUUAACUCCGAUGACUCCUGGUUAUGGUUUUGGAACGCCAUUGGGCACUCCUGGAUCAGCAUUUCCACCAUUUCCAUUUCCGGCGAAUCCGAAGCAAACAGUCCGCAACAAGUUCUUCAACUGGGCGCAACGCAAAGAGGAAAUGUUUGCUGAGUCGUUAAAGCGUCUUAAAAUUGAUGUGAUUCGAGCAAAUGCAUUAACUCGUGAAGCCAACAUGAUUAGUCGAGAACUUGGUAAUACACGAUGUCAAACCACUUACGAUGUGACACUCCAGAUACCAGCAGCUAACCUUCGACCUAGCAAGAUUAAGGAUGGCAAUUUUGUUUGUGAGCCAGUGAUAGUGGUCCGUCGAUCUGGAAUGAGUGGUAGUCAGUUGUGGACAGUGGCGCAGCUGGAGAAUAAGUUAAUCGACAUGAGGGAGAUGUACAAUGACAAGCUGAAUGGCGUUUCAAGGGAGCGAUCUUGUACAUCUAGUCCAGAAUGUUCACCGUCUCGUUCGUUUUCUCAACCAGCAGCACUUGAUGAAGUUAUGAUCGAUCCGUUCUUUGAGAGUCAGGAACAUCAUAGCCUUAUCGGCGUUGCUAAUGUUUUUCUUGAGGUACUAUUUCAUGACAUGGAACUGGAUUACCAAGUAAGUUUUCAAUUUUUUUUUUUUUUUAGAAGUCUUAAUUGUUCAUUAGCGUACAAAAGUAUCGGGGAAGUUACGGACGAUUCAUUAAAUGGCUACAUUUUUCAUUAA